AUGCCGUAUGAAAAAUGGAAAUAUGAGUACAGUAAAAAAAGAAAAACCUUUGGGAGGCAACCCCUAUUUCAAGACGUGAAAGCGCACUUGUUGGAUUCCAUCCAGCCAAAUAAGCAAGAUCAGAAAAUGUAUUUACUUCGAAACCCCGUGCAUCGUGAAAUUCAAGCAACACAUUUUUAUUCCGAAAACGAAGUCAACACAAUACCAGUGAUUACUCGUGAAGAAGGUAUAAACCAUGUUGAAGGGGGCUGGCCGCGUGACGUUCACCUUCAUAAUGAAGAACACGUACUUCGUCAUCGUCGUAGAGUUAUGCAUGACGAUAACUACGUUAGCACAGUUUUAAAUCUUGCACCGUUAAUGACACAUUAUGUGUACCAAAAUAAUGCAAUCGAUAUGUACCAAACUUAUUUUGACAAAAUGCAACCACAGGAAGCAAUUGAAAAAUAUAGUAUUCGAACAGCUAACACUUUCCGUGAUGUUUUCAAGAGACAAAUUUCAUGCAUUCAAUGGACAAAAGAAAAUCCCUCAAAAUUAGUUGUAGCCUAUUGCAACAGAAGUAAUACCUACCUAACAGGAAGUCCAGAAAAACACAAAUCGUGUUUUAUUUGGGACAUCACACAACAAAUAGAACCUAUCUGCUAUUUACAACCGAAUGAACCAUGUUGGCAGUUGGCUUGCUCUAAUGUUGAACCUGAAAUAAUAGUAGCUGGACUUGAAAAUGGGACUGUUUGUGUUUUUGAUACCCGUAAAGGUUCAGAUCCUGUUAAUCAUAGUAUUGUAUACAACUCUCAUCGAGGCCCAAUCACUUCCCUUCUUUAUAUUCAUUCGAGAACAAAUACUGAAUUUUUUUCGGGUUCACUUGAUGGCCAAUGCUUGUGGUGGGAUGCGCGCAACCUUUCUGCUCCAACAGCUCAAUUACCAAUAUGUAUCAAUCUGAAACCUGGACAGACACCAAAUUUAGGAAUAUCUGAAGGAGUAAGCUGUUUAGAUUUCAACCCCGGAUUACCUACUAGAUUUCUUUGUGGGACUGAAAAAGGGUUAAUUGUAAAUGCAAACCGAAUGGGUAAAACUCACUCUGAAAUAUUGUCAUCAUUUUGGAAUACACACAACGGUACAGUGCGAGCAGUUCAUCGUAGCCCUUGUACGUUGAGAAUGUUUUUGACUUGUGGUGAUUCAUGUGUUCGCAUCUGGAGUGAGGAAGUUCGUACAGCUCCGAUUAUAGUCACAAAACCCUAUCGCUAUGAGGUCAGUGAUGCUACGUGGGCACCGUUGAGGUUUUCAAGCUACAUGUCAGUUUGUGCUGGAGGCAUGUUUUACUAUUGGGAUCUUCUCCGUAAAUAUAAAGAACCAAUUGCAACUCUGCAGGUUUCUCCAAAUGGGCUCACUAAACUUAUGCCUCAUGUUGACGGUCAGAUGGUCGCUGUAGGAGAUGUAAAUGGAUCUUUAUUUUUACUUCAAUUAUCGGAAAAUAUGACUCUACCGGGACCUCGAGAUAAACAAUUAAUGUCAAGCACAUAUGAACGUGAAACACGACGAGAACAUCUUAUAGAUGCUCGUGUAAGGGAAAUACAUUUAAAAGCGCGACAAGCAGAAGAUGCAGCUAGAUUAGCUGAAGAAGGAGAAGAGGAAAGUGUAAAAUCUGUAGUUGACGAAUUACAAGAGGCAGAUAAUGAUUAUUUUAAAAUAGUUAAUGAAGAAUUGAAAAAUAUGGAAAUAGAACCUACUGAUAGUAGCAUAUCUAUAAAUUGA